UGGUGAGGACAGGCUGAGCUGUGACAUUGCUUAUCAAAGACCGAUACCGGGGUGGCUGGUCAUGAUAUGCUUGCCAUCUCCAGUUCGUAGUCCGAGCCAUCUCUUCUUCUUCUUCUUCUUCUCAUUCUUUCCCGAUCCGGUUCUUGUUUCCUUUGGACUUGGAUAGUGGUCGCAGAAGAAGUGUCAAGCUGGGCUGGCUCGAGCAGGGUCCGCUUUGUCCUCAGUCCAAGACUGUCCCCACCAUAUACACAAGAAUACACCCUCACCGAAACUUAAACCAACCAACCCCCCCUGCAGAACUUACUCAGCUCAACAUGAACGAACGAACACCCAUCAUACCACCCUGCACAGCAACACCCUUGGUCCAGAACUUACUACCCUCGCACUUCGGCUCCACUGGCAAGGUCACCCUGCUCUCCACCCCACGAGGAGGGCCACUCCCAGAACAUACCCCACAGAGGAAACUACGACUAUUCGCACUCCAACUAGGCUCCCACCUCAUCUCAAACACCAUCCUCGUCAUCAUCGUCCUCUACGCCCUACUCAAAAGACUAUCCACCAAACUCAGCUCAUCUCUCUCCAACUUCAUCAACUCACUCUGUCAGUCAACCGAACAACAACAACAGCAACAACAGAAACGCACCCGAAAGUUCUCCCGUUCAUGGGACCGGCCCGAAAAAUUCAAAAACGAGAAGGUCACAAAGGAUUUCCACUACUAUGCCAAACAGGCUGGCUUCGAGAUCAUCGAACAAACUGUCGAAACCCUCGACGGCUACUUCCUCCAAGUCUGGAAGAUCGUCAAACCCGGCCAGGAACGUUUCACACUCAAGGAUGGUAAAGGCGGCUAUCCUGUGCUCAUGCAACACGGUCUCUUUCAAAGCUCUGGAAGUUUCAUCACAUCCGAGGAACGUAGUCUGGCGUUCUGGCUUGCCGAGCAUGGUGGCUAUCAAGUUUAUCUAGGUAACAAUCGUGGGAUCUUCAACAUGGGUCAUCGGAAGUUGAAACGAAGUGACCCCAGAUUUUGGGAUUACAACAUCAAGGAAUUGGCAUUAUACGAUUUACCGGCACUGGUCGACCACGUCUUGAAGGAUACCGGCCACUCCAAGUUAGCCUUCAUCGGCCAUUCUCAAGGAAAUGCGACGAUGUUUUGUUCCCUAGCCACGGGGAUGGUCCCAGAAUUAGGGAGCAAGCUGUCUUGUUUUGUCGCCCUAGCCCCUGCGGUAUAUGCGGGGCCAUUGACGGAAGGAUUCCCGUUUGGAGCCCUCAAGUCGAUGCGAUGGCGGACGUGGAGACGAUUCUUUGGGAUCCUCGACUUCCUCCCUAUCAUGUCUCUCUGUGUCGACUACCUUCCCUCCUCGAUUUUUGGCUUCCUCGGAUACCAGAUGUUUGCCUUCCUCUUCAGUUGGACCGACCGCAACUGGCUCCUCAGACGCAAACUUAAGAUGUUCAGAUUCACUCCUUCUCCCGUCUCCUCCGCUGGCAUCUUCUGGUGGACUGGUUACCAGGGGUUCUCUACUCGAGGUUGUGUCUUGGAUCCUGAAGUCGAAAGAUGGUGGGAUUCAAAGUUCCCACCCUUAGCACUCUACCAUGGUGGAAAGGAUUUCUUGGUCUUAGCCGAACCCCUGAUCAAACGAAUAGAAACCCACGAGAAGUCGGUAGACUUGAUCAGGAACUUCAAGCUCGAAGACGGCGAACAUUGCGAUACGUUUUGGCAUGCCGAUGCCGUCGAGAUAUGCUUCCACCUCAUCCUUGAGGAUAUCGAGAAGACCAGAAAAGACAAGGCUCCAGAAGUGACAGAGGUGAUCGUGAGCUCGGAAGCCGAAGGAUCAGAAGUGGUUGCGAUAGUCAAGCCGGGCCCAAACAACCGACUGCAAGAGAUCUUAUGUGAGCCAAGCUCGUGCGACUCCAAGACGCGAGAACAGAUCAUGAACGGGAUCCUGAGUGGGCGGAUUGCCGAGCUCGGGCACCGGUUCCAUAACCUUGCACAGGAGGACACGGUGGAUAACCAACAAACUGGAACGCCUGGAACGCUCGCCCAAGCUUCCUCUCCCGAGAACCUGCCCGUCGUCGAUGGAAGCCUCUUCAUGGAUGACCGCGAUCGGUUUCAGGAACCCGUCAUGCACCUCACUCGCGACGUCUGAUCUUUUGUUUUUCUUCUUCCCUUCCUUCUUGCAUCCUUCGAUUCUCUCUCUCUCUCUCUCUCUCUUUUUCAUAUCAAACAUUGCUUAUCUUCUCGCAUUCUUACUCAUGAUUGUACUAUCGAGUUGCGUUUUUGUUCUUUCUUUGAUACCAUCAUCUAUUUAUCAUUUUCAUUUCGUCUUUGUUGUCGUUUUUUCUUUCUCUCUUUCUGUAUGUUUUAGUUUGCAUCUCAUCGGUCACUUCUUCCACAAAAAAGGAAUCCUCGUCAUCCUUUCUCUCUCAAACACACACGUUGCAAUUUCGUGUUUUUUUUUUUUUUCGUCUUUCGUUUUGUUCCUUUGAUCGCGCAAUCUGCAUUCAUUUUUCUAUAAACUAAUUAUCUUAACCCUAAUCCUUUUUUUUCAAUCUGACAAUCAAAAAAAAAACAAUCUGUCACCAUUAUUUUCUCUCUUUCUUUUGUUGUUUUCCAUCAUCGUUAACUUACACAUUACAUCCUCUCAUCAUUGCCCACCAUCUUGUAGCACGUGUAAAUCAGUUUUAUGGGACACAUAGGUACAUUCAAUUAUCUCGACCCAAAUUUAACACAGGAACUUAGCCUAAG